UAUUACAUCAAAUUAUUCUUAGGAAAACCACAAUCAGCAAUCAGAAUUUACACUUGAACAUCUGGCAACAACUGUGAGUAAUCUGUUUGGUGCUGGGACAGAGACAACAAGCACAACGCUGAGAUAUGCUCUCCUGCUCCUGCUGAAGCACCCACAUGUCACAGCUAAAGUCCAGGAAGAGAUUGAUCGUGUGGUUGGCAGAAACCGCAGCCCCUGCAUGCAGGACAGGAGCCACAUGCCCUACACAGACGCCAUGAUUCAUGAGGUCCAAAGAUUCAUUGACCUCAUCCCCACCAACCUGCCCCAUGCCGUGACCUGUGACACUAAGUUCAGGAACUACCUUAUCCCCAAGGGAACAACAGUGAUAACAUCACUGUCAUCAGUGCUGCAUGACAGCAAAGAAUUCCCCAACCCAGAGAUAUUUGACCCUGGACACUUUCUAGAUGGGAAUGGAAACUUUAAGAAAAGUGACUACUUCAUGCCUUUCUCAACAGGAAAACGGAUUUGUGCAGGAGAGGGCCUGGCACGCAUGGAGCUAUUUCUAUUCCUGACCACAAUUUUACAGAACUUCAAGCUGAAAUCACUGCAUCACCCUAAAGACAUUGAUACAACCCCAGUGGCCAAUGGAUUAACCUCUCUGCCACCCCCUUACAAGAUCUGCUUCAUUCCUGUAUAAAUAAGAUCAGAUUUUCUGGUCCAGGCCAUCUGCAAUCACCUCUAUACCUUCAUCCACUUCCUUCUGAUCAGGGACAAGGAGUCUUUCCUUCCCUUUCAUGUAUUCCUAUUCUGUCAAGACACAGGAAACACCUGUCAAUCACUUUGCAAUUUCUGGAAUCACUGCACAAAUAUAUUCCUAUUUUCUCUUCUCUGCAACAGUGUUAUUAUCCCUUGUGCUAAUGUGUAUCUGGUCUUGAGUCAAAAAGGAACUUCCCUGUAAAAUAACUAAUAUAGUAAGAUAAUUCAUGGUCAUUUUUCUUCUGAAUGUUUUCAAUAAUAAAUAUAUUUGAUUUGCAUA